AUGGACCUCAGAGUCACCGAACCAAACACACAGGACAGAUCUGCGUUUCCAGUCCGCGUCUACUACAACAUUAUACUGCAAGCAUGGUUUGACGACGACCAGUCCAACGACGAGAGGAUCCAGAUUAUGACAACCUUCCCGCUGGUGUGCAAGUGGUGGAACGAAGCCUUCACCCUCCUCUCUCGCACCCACAUUUACGUCCCCUCACCGUCAUUUUGCGAGUACUACCUCCGCUUCCUCACCAACUCGCCUCUCCCCGUCAACUUUCGCGAGCUCGCCAGCCCGCCCGAGAGGAAUAUCACCAUGUCUCCUCGAACUCUAGCCAAGACGUUGACGUUCCGAGUCGAGAAAGCCGUCCUCCCACCUCCCAUGGACUGGCACACCUCACCCAUGGGCGAUGUUCCGAGCCAGUUCCUGCACUACAUUGCAUUCUACAAGCUCCUCCCCAACCUCACCUGCAUCUCCCUCCAAUACAUCGACAUCACGAUGUACCAGCUCUUCUUCAAGCACAAUUUCCGCAAAGCGCUCGGCAUUCCUCCGCUGGAUAUCGAUAUGGACGUCUCAUUUCGUUUUCCUUGGGGCCUCCCGGAUCGUGUUAUCGAGGAAUCGAUGGAAGAGCGGGUGGUUAAGGAAAAGGUGGGGAGCGUGAAGGAGUUGAAGAAUAAGGAUCGGUGGGAUUGGCCGAGGUUCCUGGCGGGUGUCGAGAGAUUGUAUGUGCGGUGCCCGACUGGUGGACCUACGAGGAUUGGGGAGACGGCUCCGACGGAUAUGGAGAUGGAAGUUGUGGAUGUGGAGGCUCCGCCUCGUUUGGUGGAACAGUAUAGUAACCUCAGUGUGGGCUUCAAGGCCCUGAUUUUUGAUAGAAUGUUUGAACCGCAUGUUAAGCACGAUAUUCCGAGGAAGAUUCUUACAUAG